AUGGAGCGGAAGGGGACGCCGCGCAGCGCCGUGCUCACGCUCGCGCUCGCCUCCACCGCCGCUCCUGCGCCGGCGCUCGAGCCUCCGCAGCCGGCCCGCACGGAGUGCACAAGGCCUCACCGCGCCGCGCUCUGCAUGAGGCCACGUCACCAGCGGACCGCCCCGCCAUGCCGAGCGCUGCACAAGGUCGCGCCGCGCCGGACUCGCCGCCGGAUCUGGCCGCUCCGCCGCGUUGCGCAGGCCGCCCCGUGGCGGUGGCAAGGAGCUCGCCCGCGCGCGUGGGGGAGGAGGGCUGCCGCGCCCCCGCCGUCCAACCCGUCGGCCGUCCGUCCUCCGGGCUCGUCAGCCGCCUCCGCGCCGGCCUGCCCCAAAUCGAGGAAGGAUGAGGUGGAGGGUGGCCGGAGGAGCGCCUCGCGCACCUUGCCGGGGGGUCCACCGGCGGGGAGGGCCGUGACCGCCGCCGCAGGGCGUGCGCGCCGCCGUGCCGCGCGUCCGCCAGCGGGAGGGGAGAGGGUGCCUCUGCUGGCCUGUCCGCCGCACGCCACCGCGGCCUGGCCGCCCCAUGCCUCCGCUGGCCCCGCUGUGCGCCGCUGCGGCCUGGCCGCCGCGCGAUCGCCGCCGUCCGCGUGCUUGCCGUUUGCCGCCCGCACGCUUGCGGGGCCACGUGCCCACUCGGCUAGCCACGCCGCCCGCUGCCCGCCGGGAGGAACGAGGAGGGGGGCGCUGGCCAAGGCGGGAUGUGGCGCCGGCCACCGCGCGCUCCUCCGCUCGCCCCCGCCAUGCGCGCACGCCCGCACCGCCCCCGCCGCGCAUGCAGGGGAGGGGGACGGAGGACGGCCGUGCGGCAGAGGGGAGGUGCCGGCGGCGACGCGCGCGACAGAGUGGCCGCGCACGCAGGGGAGGGCCGCGGGUGCAAAGGGGGUGGCGGCGAGCUUGACGCCGGCGCCUGGAUGGGCCAGUGGGGCGGCGGGGAGAGACAGAGUUAGAGAGUGA